CUUUUAAAUAAUCUUUAAUGUAAAGUGCCAUGGACAAUUAGUGGAUUUGGCGCUGUAUAAAUAUUUUUAUUAUAUAUUUUAUUAUAUAUCUUUUCCAACCCAUUACCCCCACAGUUUUAUGGCAAAAAGUAAAUUCAAGUACACGUGUCCUUUACAAUAAAUAUAUAUCAUUGUCAUUUAUAGUUGAUUGAGAGGUGUAGCAUGCAUUUUUCAUGCAUUAUGUACUGAAAAGAAAGUUGAUCGAGUGCCGAAUGCGCAAGCUGCUUUGGGAAGUUAGGGGGCAUGCCCCAGGGAUUUUUAUUUUUAGGGGCUUGAAAUACCAUUUCCCACAUUUUCCAGGGAACAGUUUGUUAGAUCAAAACAUGGAAAAAGGUAAUAGUAUUUAGUACCUUGUUUCAUACAGUAUGUCAAACAUAGGGAUAAUUGAUAUUAGGUUAUACAGGAGAGCCUAAAGACUGUUUAACUAGCUAAGUUGAUCAUUAAAGACACUUGUCGCUCUGCGAAGGUAUGCACUUGCGUAUGUGUGCAUAUCGUCACUACGCCUCUGUUAUUUUCAUGUAAUAAUUAUUUCUGUCACAAAUAUUGGAUGCCAUCUUUUCCAGUCACUGAAACAGCAUAGAGUAUUACAGUCAACCUAUUAUUUUGUUAGUGAGAACACCAACAAUGUGUUCAAAAUCUAAUGAUGUUAAUAUCUGAUUACAUGUGCCUGGGUAUUUACAUCGACAGAUAGUUUCCUGUGCUGGAGAUGGCAUGAUUCAUUUCACAGAUCUUGAAAGGGAGUCAACAUAUGGACAAUUUCAAUUUGACUGUCACGCAGGAACUACAUAUGAGGUCAUUACAACCCCUGGAGAUCCAAAUACAUUCUUAAGUUGUGGAGAAGAUGGAACUGUGAGGCUUUUUGACCUCAGAACAAAAACAAAGUGCUCAAAUAGAGAUUGCAAAGAGGAUAUUCUUAUUGACUGUGGUAAAGCUGUCACAUCAAUCAACCUGAACCCCAUCACACCAUACCACCUGGGUAUUGGCUGCGAGGACAGUACUGUGCGUGUGUUUGACAGACGAGCGCUGAGCAGUAGCAGUUCAAACAAGAUGAAUGGCAUGUUCUGCCAGUUUAGACCAGACUCACUUAAUGGUAGAACGUGUAGAGUGACAUCACUCAAUUACAGCCCUGACGGUAGUGAGCUCCUGGUGAGUUACUGUGCUGAUUACGUUUAUCUCUUCACGUUACGAGGCACGAAACAACCCCGCUCCUACCGCGAUGAUGGCUCAGAUAACGGAUACUCUAACGGUAGUAACGGCCAUCGGAAUGUGCCGCCAUUGAAGCGUCUGCGCCUGCGAGGUGAUUGGUCAGACACUGGGCCCAACGCCAGGCCUGAGAGUGAGCACCCCUCCCCAGAAAGCUCCCUUAUGCAGCGCAUGUCUGAUAUGUUUGCGCGCUGGCUCGAAGAAUCGUUUCGCGCUGGUCAGCGUCACAGAGCGCGGACGUCGUCUUCGAGGUCCACGACGUCAUCUUCGUCUUUGUCGUCUUCGACGGCGUCAUAUUUUUCUGGUAGUUCGUCAGAGUCGAGUGGUACUUCUGGAGUUUUCGGAGAGGAGCCGAGGAGACGUCGGAGUCACGAACGAACUUCCGAGUCGUCCCAAAGCAGUAGAGGAUUGGAAGUAAACUUGUCCGGUGACAUGUCCAUGGAAACCGACUCGGACUCAACGCCGAGCAUAGGAAAUAGCUGUAGAACUGCGCAAAGUGUCUCCAGUACCACAUCUGUUGAGCUUAUUCCACAUUCCCAAGAGGAAACCGAAAGUGUUUCUGAUUCGGCGAGUGAAACAUCAACUAACAGUGCUACUGUUUAUAUAACAGCAGCUGGGAACGAUACAGAUUCACGAGGACAGAACUCUGAAACCUUAAAUGAAGCACUGUCAAUUACGAAAGAAAACGAAAAUAGACAUCUUGUGGAUCGGCUAAGCCGAAGUGAUACCGAUGUUGCGUCGAGCAGGGAGCGAACGUCUGGUCAAACGAUUUCGUCUAAUUUAAGGGACUCGCUUUCAACGUCUGCCAUUACAACACAUGGUAGACCACAAAAGAAAUCCAAAAGUGUAAAAAGGACAGAACCAGUUGAAAAUUUAGCAGCUGCAAGCAGUGGUCACGCUGAUGAGUUCCCGACCAGAGCAGGGAGUCGAACGCGAGCAGAGCCCACCCCGAGUCGAACGCGCGCGGAACCCACGCCUCGCGAGGAAGUGAGAAGCGCAAGAAGCUUAGCUAUGAGUGAUGAUGAAAGCGCCGUGCUUCAGGAUCAAACCUCAGCAGCCACUCGAAUUCAGCGUGUUUAUAGGCUUCACAAGAAAGCUAAGUCGAGUGUAGAGUACGAAGAACAGGAAAUCUGGAUCCCAGAAAUGACACGUGUCUACAAGGGUCACCGUAACGCGCGAACAAUGAUCAAGGAAGCUAACUUCUGGGGUGAGGAGUAUGUUCUCAGCGGCAGUGAUUGUGGGCGCAUCUUUAUUUGGGACAAGUACAGCGCUGAACUGGUAAUGAUUCUUCAAGGCGACAAACACGUGGUCAACUGCGUCCAGCCACACCCAUUUGAUCCUAUUCUGGCAUCGAGUGGAAUAGACUACGAUAUCAAACUCUGGACUCCUUCAGCUAAAGAACCCAUGGAGCCCAAAGAUAAGGACGAGAUAAUCGGUCGUAACGAGAAAAUGUUAGAGGAGAGUAGAGACACGAUUACAGUGCCAGCCUCCUUCAUGAUCCGCAUGCUGGCUUCUUUGAAUCACGCCAGGUUUGGUACGUAG